AUGUCAUCAAAGGCAACACCUCCAUUUUGGGAGCAACCACAACAUCAAUUAGGUUCUCCGCCACCACAAUAUUCAUCAGUACAACCGCCAUCGUCAAAUUUGGGACCGCCACCAGGUCCACCACCGGAAGAUUUGGGUCCACCUCCUGGGCCUCCACCUGCAGCGACAUAUUUAAAUCAACAAUACGUUGGUCAACCACCAAUGAGCCAAAUGAGCCAAUCUACCCAAAACGAAACAGGACAAACAAUAGUACAUGUUUUCUCACCACCUCAACCAUCUUUGCCCGUUUCUGGUCCACCUGAUUACUGUAAUCAAUGUGGACACAUCUCGAAUCCUAUCAACGAAAGUCAUAUGAACGAUCAAGGUAUGAUCUGGGCAAUUGUUCUAUGCUGCUUUUUCUUUCCGUUGGCGUGGGUUCCAUGUGUUAUGGAUGAAUUCAAAACAUAUACGCGGAAGUGUCCGCAUUGUCGGAGUAAUUUGGUUCAUGCUCAUUAG